AUGGUCAUCGUCUUAAAGGCAUAUGACGACAUCAGUUGGACAUCUUUUUCCAGGGAUCUUUCUCUCCCUAUCUUUGCCUCUUCAAUCUUGGCUGGAUUAAUAUUGUGCCUCUACUGUCGCCUUCGACAUCAGACUGCAGCCCACAACGGGGACCAAUACUCGUCUAUUUCAUUGCAGGAAAUCGACGCCAAUUCCAACAGAAUCGAAAGCGUGGACAGCGACGCUGAAUCAGCCACGGACAUUGGCACUACCAGUAUGGAGAACACUCCCUGUGAAAAAACUCCAAACGAAGAAUCUGCAGCAGACUCUUUGUCUCCCACCACUCCGAAUCACAGCUGCUCUCGUGGGAAAUGGAUCGACAGUUUUCCGAUCCUUGGUUUGGUUUUGUUGUACUUUUAUGAUUCUAAUGUCAUCAUGGCGCUGAUUGGCAUGGCCGUGUUGCUGAUGCUGUGGGGGCUGACUUUCGGUCAAAACGGAUCAGAGCUACUAUUGCUGGAAGAUGCUUACAGCCUCGUGGCAAACCUAGACUACGGCAUUCUUCUCUGGUACACCAGUCUCAUGGUCUUGGUGAGUGGAUGGACAGAUACAGGCGUUCCCAUGUACAUUGUGGAGUCUGUCCUCGGCAGCUGUUCUGAGCGAUUGAUGCAAGGCUGGUGGUGUACCACUGCCACGUCGUCGCUCUUCAGCCUCAUCAGCGCAGUCGCUUCUCCUGUCGCGUCCGUUUUGAUCUUUGGUGAUACGUUUCCAUACGCCAGUCCUUACUGCUGGAUGCAACUUGCAUUGGCCGUGUCAAUGGGUGGGAGCUUGAGCCCCCUCGGGGCUGCUGCUGCUGCCAAGUUUGGCCUUUCGUCGAGAGAACCGCAAGAUCGUGUCCCCGUGCUCCUUUCGCGUGCUCUUUGCUGUUAUCUGGCUCUAUUGGUGGGGACCACUCUGCUUCAGUAUUUUCACUGGUCCUACGAAUGCAGUGUACGUCUCGGAGAGUGCAGCUAA